UUCUUUUUAUUUUUAUCGGGCGUUCUUUUUUGCCUUCUAAUUUGUUUCGUCGGGGACGUAUUUUAUUUUGGUUUCAACUCAGGAAGGAAAGUGGCAUGGACAUUACGUCUUCUUCUGGCAGCUCGUACACGUUACUUUUGUUUGUUAUAUAAAUUUAUAUUUUGAUAGUGAAGUGCUAGACUUUCCUUUCGCCUAAGAGUGUUAACUGUAUAAAUAAAUACUAUUAUUGUUAUAAAUAUCAACUCGAAAAAUAUACAAAACACGCAAAACACGACAUACAAAAACUGCAUAAAGGUUCCUAUAGCUAGAAGAUGUAUACAAUCUCCAAGGGUCCCAGUAAAAUUGUGGCCAAAACUCGUAGAGGAAUAUCUCAAAACUUCGAAAAAUUCGAAACCAUUAAGGAGAGCGGACGACGCAACAAUGAUGCAAGCAGUCCGGAGAAUUUAAGUGUACCAAAGCCUGUAUUUCAAACGAAGAAGAUUUGCAGCCAUCCAAAACUUGUAGAGGAAGAGGUAUUGACGCCACAACACGAGGAAAUCAUCAAAUAUAUAAAUGACUCUUGGAACAUUGUAGUUGCACAAAAUCCUUAUGAUAGAUCUCCCAAAAAUACCAAUGCUGUUACAAUCGAUGCUAAUAACAACACUACUGCUGCUUCUCUUAUAAAAUCAUCUACAAGUCCAUCCCAAACUGCUUCCUCAUUGUACUGCGUUGAACCUCCUAGUCCUGUUCUAAGUGACUUUAAACCAUUCGAUCUGGAGUCAUGGUGGGGUCGUCGUUUGUUCAAUAACAUCACCAAAAGCCUUUAAAUUGUGUGAUAUUUGUGUUAAUUUUUAAUUAUAAGUUCUAAAUUUAAUUUAAUCUAUAAGAAGACAGGCCCGUAACGAUUUAUUUUAAAUCAAAUUAUUUUUUAUUGAAAUAUGCAUAAUUGUAGAUGACACAAAAUUGUUAAAAAAAUGGUUUAAUGCUAUUUUAUUUGUUAUUCGAAGCCCUAUAGGUUUUUCUAUUUUUAUACUUUUGUAAUUGUUUUUGUUUUUCUUUGAUUAUGUUCUUGUUAUAGUAAUUUGUACGAAUAUUUCAAUAUUUUUUGUGUCGAACAUUAACGAAAUUAUAGCAAUUCCUUGGGUAAUGUCCCUUCAAAAUUUAUUACAUUUCGCGCAUAUCUAAUGGUACUACGCCCUAGAGCGGGAUCGUGUCAUAAUGUAAUUAUAGAAAAAACUGUAAUGAAAAGGAAAAUAAGAAAACACAAAAAUUAAACCGCAGUAACAAGUUUAAAA